AAAGUUUUAACAAGUUUCUGGUAUAGUUCUUUUAUCGCGAUUAUAGCGGGGUUCAACGCAAAUUUAUCUCCAUUCGGUGCGGCCAAGAAUCACGCCCAACGAUUCUCUGUGAGCCGAGAAAACGACAAUGUCCGGAAUAAACGUGACACGCAACGAGGUGGUGCAGCUCGUGGUCCGCAUCUCCCUCGUUUCCAUCGUGACCUAUUACUCGGCGAAAUGGUUGAUGAAAAAUCUCGAUCCCACGAACAAGAACAAAAAGAAAGCCAUCGAACAUGCGGAGGAUAUUUUGAGGAGGUUGGGCCCAAAUAUAAAGAAAGCGGCGGUCCAGAGUCUAAAUGACUACGAAAUGGUGAUCGCGUCGCAUUUAGUCGUUCCGGAUAACAUCACGGUCAGUUGGGAAAGCGUCGCUGGGUUGGAUCACGUGUGCCAGGAGAUCAAGGAGAGUCUCGUCUUCCCCGUGUGCCACCGGGAUAUGUUUGCCGGAUCGGCCCUUUACCAAGCGCCCAAGGGUGUGCUGCUCUAUGGCCCUCCGGGUUGCGGUAAAACUUUGAUCGCCAAGGCAACAGCCAAGGAGGCGGGAAUGCGCUUCAUCAAUCUGGACGUGGCCAUGUUGACCGACAAGUGGUACGGUGAGUCUCAGAAGCUGGCUUCGGCCGUGUUUUCGCUCGCGGUCAAGAUACAGCCGUGUAUCAUCUUCAUCGAUGAGAUCGAUUCAUUCCUGCGCGCCCGCAACUCCUCCGAUCACGAAGCUACGGCCAUGAUGAAGACGCAAUUCAUGAUGCUAUGGGACGGACUGAACACCGAGUCCGACUCGACAGUGAUCGUCAUGGGAGCCACUAACAGGCCGCAAGAUCUCGACAAAGCUAUCCUGCGUCGUAUGCCCGCUCAGUUCCAUAUCGGGAUGCCUAGUGAAGAGCAGCGGCACAAGAUUCUAGAACUUAUUCUUAAGCGGGAAAAGCUGGCACCCGGAGUUGACCUGGUACGGUUGGCUGGGAUGACGAAUGGGUAUUCAGGUUCAGAUUUGCGAGAAAUCUGCCGUACAGCUUCGGUGCACCGCGUUCGGAAGGUUAUGCGUGAGAAAAACAAGGAAGUGGCAGCCGCGGUGCAGGCCGCGAAGGCCAAUGGGUCGGCGAUGGUAGCCAAUGGCGGGAAUGGUUUGGUACCAGGAGCAACUCUGCUUGACGAAACACCCGCAAUCACGAUGGACGAUUUGACUGAAUCGCUGCGCAGCAUGAAGCAUUCGAAGUACACCACGGGUGUGUUGAACGAUGCGCGGAUCGAUUUGGAUUAGACGGGCGACAAACUGAGAAUUUUGUUUGCUAAAGUCAAAUCUGAUAUCUUGCUUGUGAAUGUGUGAACGGUAGGUGGAACGGCCAAAGGCCAGCGUGUGCUUGUUCUUGUUCGUAGUUUGUGAUUCUAAAUUGGAGCAAAAGCGGCACACAACGAGAAAGUAAACGAUGUUUUGUUAUCGUUAUUUUCUAUCGUUAAUUAACCCUUCGUACAGCUAACAGCAAACACAUAUAGAAUAAGAGGUGAGUUGAGGGACGGGAGUCGUUGAGACAAAAUAGUAAAACACGAAUAGUAGAACGUUAAAACCAAAAGAACUAGCACUGAUCAGGACAAAACAAUAGUCAUUAGAAACAAACGAUUCGUUUAAGAGUUUGCAAAUCCAGCACCACAAUUAGAGCCGAGAAGCUUAGCUGUUAAUGCUACUGAACGAUAUUUAUAGGAUUGUUGGCGGAAUUCAAUUUGCAGGAAUACUUGGAUCGUACGUAAAAUCUGUAAAUUGCUCGUUCGAAAUAGUUGUAGAUAUGGUAGCUCUGAUGGUGAUAAUUUCAGUGGGCAAAUAAUUAUCCUCAAAAUAAAGACAAAUAUUUAAAACAGAAGAUUGUCUUCGUUAAAGGUU